CCGAAGAGACUUCAGUUCACCCAAAUUGAAAACCCUAGAAUUUUCAUCAUCUUCAAAUUUCAGUGUGAAAAUGUCUGGACGUGGAAAGGGAGGCAAGGGAUUGGGAAAGGGAGGAGCCAAGAGGCACAGGAAGGUUCUAAGAGAUAACAUCCAGGGAAUCACUAAGCCAGCUAUUCGCAGGCUUGCUCGUAGGGGUGGUGUGAAGCGUAUCUCCGGUCUGAUCUAUGAAGAGACCCGUGGAGUGCUGAAGGUAUUUUUGGAGAAUGUGAUCCGUGAUUCCGUCACCUACACUGAGCACGCCAGGAGAAAGACUGUUACUGCUAUGGAUGUUGUUUAUGCCCUUAAGAGACAGGGUAGGACUCUCUAUGGAUUUGGCGGUUAGAUUGGGGUUUUGGUUGGUGUAAUGGUAUUAGCUGUAGGUUUUAGCUUACAAUUGCGUUUAUGGCUGGUCUGUAGCCUUUUUUGCAUCUUGUUCUGUAGCCUUUUUUAUGCCCGGUAACAUUUGUAACUUCCAAGACAUAAUUCCUCCAUUCAUUUACCUACAUUAUUAUCCACUUUAUUUCUAUUCAAGACAAGGAAGAAUUCUUCACCCGUAAAUUGUGGUGUUUCUUCCUUUGUGAAAUGGAUGUAAAAUUAGAUGAGAUGAAAUAUGUUUAAGUGUGGAAAAAUAUUGUAGUGUGAAGUAGUGAAAGAGAGAGUUGAGACAAGAAAAUAUUCUAAGUCUUCAACUAUAUUCACUAUGAAAAAGAGAGUAUUUAUAUGUUGAAGGAAGAUGUUUUUUUGUGGAGCUUUGGACUCUUCAACUAAUCCGGAGUUGUUUGAGUCAUACAUGUUGCUGGGCUGUUGUAUCUUGAAGGGUAUAAGUCAAGAGUAUUACUGCUGGAUCGGUGUAGAUUAUGCCGCAGUAGGCUUGAAUCUCCUUAAAGAGGGCGAGAUAUCGAUUACACCAACAAUACUAAAUUGCAAGAAAUGAUGCAGAGAGAUCCUUACCAUGAGAAUAUAAUCCUGGACGACUGCAACUUGAGUUCUGCAAGUAUAACAGUGUAUGCAGUCAUAAUAAGGGAUAUGAUGGUAUUAAAAAAAAACGUCUGUCAUUGUAUCAACCAAAUCCUAAUAGAUAUGUUAUAGAACAAAUUCGCUUCAACAAAGAACAAGACUGUCUAACUUCAAAUGUAACACAGUUGGUGGGACUGAGAAGAGAAUGUUGAGAUAACAGAGUAGAAAGUCACUUCUUGAUUCUUGAAUACAGUUAAUUCACGAAGGAGGGAAAUUUGAAAUUGCUUCACAUUGAACAAAAUUUUCACCUUUAUUAGGGAACAAUAAAAAUUCU